AUGGCGCAAUCUCGCGGUAUUAUUGAUGCAAUUCAAAGUUUAGUGGACACAAUAGCAAAGUCAUUUAAUGAUUUGCAACAAGACGCAGUCUUAGUUAGUGUAGAAUUAUUUUGCAAAUUCAGAAAUGCCAAAGAUGAAAAGACUGUUGAAGAAACAAAAUCAUUCAACAUAAAAAGCAGUGAAAUUUCACCUGCAACAUCUCUUGCUGACUGGUAUACGGACAAUGUAUAUGAGAAAUUGUUGAAAAAAGUUGAAGACUUCAAUCAAAAAGAUUCUGGAUGGAGUUUGAUUGAAAUAAAUAACUUGGCCAUCACGAUGUCAAGAUAUGCACCUCUUCAAGCUGGUGAUUCAACGUUUGUCAUGCUGCCUAAGGAUAUCUGGGACAAAAAAGCUUGUGUCAAUGCAGCGUUACAUCAGCCCGUUCCAAACCCUCAGAAAACUUCAGAAUACAAACAUUUCAGCUCAAUUCUUAAGUAUGAAGGUAUUAAAUUUCCUAUAUCUAUUAAAGAUAUUCCUAAAUUUGGAAAAUUGAAUAAUUUAUCCAUAAAUUUUUAUGGUAUUGAGUCUGAAUAUACCGGUAAAAAAACUGAAAAAAGUGAAAUUAUUCCUUUAUGUUUGAAUCAUUUUAGAUAUGAAAAACCUUUUGAACAUCAUAAAGCAGACUGUUUUAAAGUUAAUAAAGUUCGAAUGCAAUUUCUAGAUGAAAAUGAUAAAAUUUUAAAAUUUAAAAAUCAUAAAUGUAAAGACACUGUCCCGUUUGUUGUAUACGCGGACCUGGAAUGUACACUUGAAUCACAAGAUGAUGAUGAUAAAACACAAAAGCACGUCCCACACAGUAUAUCUUUCUAUUAUCAUUGUAGUUAUGAUAAUAAAUUAUCCAAAUUUGAAUUAAAUCGAUCACCAGCAUAUAUUGAGUGGUUCUCGAAAAAACUCAAAGACUUAGCUAUUGAAUUUGAAGAAUAUUUAAAACAUCCCAUAGCUAUGAAGCCACUAACGAAACAACAGCAAGCAAAUCAUAAUCAGGCAAUUCCUUGUCAUAUUUGUGAAAGAUCAUUUUCUUCAAAUAAAGAUAAAUGUUAUGAUCAUUGUCACUUUACGGGUAAUUAUCGCGGUCAAGCACAUAUAUCUUGUAAUGUCAACUGUCCUAAAUCUCAUGUUAUUCCCAUAGUUUUUCAUAAUUUAUCUGGCUAUGAUUCUCACUUUUUAAUUAAAUCUUUGGCUACAACUUUUGAAGGUGAUAUGACAUUAUUGCCAAUUAAUAAAGAAAGAUAUAUAUCAUUCACAAAGUCUAUUGCAAAUAUUUCAGUUUCUUUGCGUUUCAUAGACUCAUUCCGAUUUAUGGAAUCAAGUCUUGAUAAAUUAGCUUCAUAUCUUGGUGAUGAUGAGAAACAAAUAACAAAACUUAACUAUCCUGAUCAAGAACAAUUUAAAUUAGUUACCCGUAAGGGUGUAUUUUCAUAUGAGUAUGUUGACAAUGUAGAUAAACUUGAUGACAAAAAGUUGCCUGAUAAAGACAAAUUUUUUUCUAAAUUAACUGAUAAUGAUUAA